GACAGUAUCCCACAAAGACCAACCCCACCAUGCAUGUCUUAUCUCUUACUUCCUCCUUAAUAUUCCUUUUCCUCUUUUCAGUAUCACACAUUCCGAUAUUUCCGGCGAAACACACAAUCUCUCCACCUCCGGCACUGCGGCAGCGCCAGCAAAGAGAGCUCUCCAGCGAUUACUACUCUAAGAAAUGUCCUCAGCUCGAAAAUCUCGUCGGUUCCGUCACUUCUCAGCGGUUCAAAGAAGUACCCAUCUCCGCUCCAGCCACUAUUCGCCUCUUCUUCCACGAUUGCUUCGUUGAGGGUUGUGAUGGGUCGAUAUUGAUAGAAACAGAGAAAGGAAGCAAGACACUAGCAGAAAGAGAAGCGGAAGAGAAUAAGGAUUUAAGAAAAGAAGGCUUUGAGAGUAUCAUCAAGGCAAAGGCAUUGGUUGAGUCUCAUUGCCCUUCUCGUGUCUCUUGUUCUGAUAUUCUCGCCAUCGCUACUCGAGAUUUCAUCCACCUGGCAGGUGGGCCCUACUAUCAAGUAAAAAAAGGUAGGUGGGACGGUAAAAGAUCAACGGCAACGAACGUCCCUCCAAACAUACCUCGAUCAAACUCCACCGUCGAUCAGCUCAUCAAGCUCUUCGCGUCCAAAGGACUAACCGUAGAGGAUCUCGUCGUUCUUUCCGGGUCCCACACAAUCGGUUUCGCCCACUGCAAAAGCUUCAUUGGUCGUCUCUACGACUUCAAAGGCACAAAACGACCCGACCCGAAUCUCGACCCGAGAUUAAUCAAGGAGCUUCGUAUGUCUUGCCCAUUUACAGGUGGAAGCUCCGGCGUCUCUCUUCCACUCGACGCCACAACUCCGUUUGUGUUCGACAACGGAUAUUUCAGAGGACUAGGAACUAAGCUGGGCCUUCUCGGGUCGGAUCAAGCCCUGUUUCUUGACCCGAGGACGAAGCCCAUUACGCUUGAGAUGAGUAAAGAUAAGCAGAGGUUUCUAAAGGCGUUUGGAGACGCUAUGGAUAAGAUGGGUUCUAUUGGUGUAAAGAGAGGAAGGAAACAUGGGGAGAUACGAACAGAUUGUCGUGUCUUUUUAUAGAUACUGUUUACUUUAUUUUAUUUUGUUGUUUUCUGUGUGUGUGAAUUUUGUCUUCAUCUUGAUGUGUCUUGUCUCCUUUGUUAGAAGUUUCUUGAUUGUUUUGUUCAUAG